UGCCCUAUCAAAUGUCACGAGUUGUUGAUAUAAUGUAAAACACGCAUGCGCAUUAUCAACCUGAAAAAAUGGGACAACAACAAUCUGGUGGAAGUGGUGGUGGUGGAGAGAAGAAAGAUGAUAAAGAAAAGAAAAAGAAGUAUGAACCACCAAUUCCAACAAGAGUUGGGAAGAAAAAGAAAAAGAUUAAAGGACCAGAUGCUGCAAGCAAACUCCCAAUGGUCACACCAUAUACGAGAUGUAGGUUAAAACUACUGAAGCUAGAGAGGAUCAAAGACUAUCUACUAAUGGAGGAAGAAUUUAUCCGAAACCAGGAAAGACUAAAGCCACAAGAAGAAAAACAUGAGGAAGAGAGAAGUAAAGUUGAUGAGUUAAGAGGCUCCCCAAUGUCUGUAGGUACACUGGAGGAAAUAAUUGAUGAUAACCAUGCUAUUGUAUCUACAUCUGUUGGCAGUGAACAUUACGUCUCCAUAUUGUCCUUUGUUGAUAAAGAUCAACUAGAGCCAGGCUGCUCUGUACUUCUCAACCAUAAGGUGCAUGCAGUUGUUGGAGUGCUAGGAGAUGAUACAGAUCCCAUGGUAACUGUGAUGAAAUUAGAAAAGGCUCCACAAGAAACAUAUGCUGAUAUAGGUGGUCUUGAUACACAGAUUCAAGAAAUAAAGGAAUCUGUAGAAUUGCCUUUAACUCAUCCAGAAUAUUAUGAAGAAAUGGGUAUCAAACCUCCAAAGGGUGUUAUUUUAUAUGGAGCACCUGGAACAGGUAAAACGUUACUUGCAAAGGCUGUUGCUAAUCAAACAUCUGCAACUUUCCUUAGAGUUGUUGGCUCAGAGCUUAUACAAAAAUAUUUGGGAGAUGGUCCUAAGUUAGUGCGGGAGUUAUUCCGUGUAGCAGAAGAGCAUGCUCCAUCUAUAGUGUUCAUUGAUGAAAUAGAUGCUAUUGGUACAAAAAGAUAUGAUUCUAACUCUGGUGGUGAGAGGGAAAUACAGAGAACCAUGUUGGAAUUACUCAAUCAGCUUGAUGGUUUUGAUUCUAGAGGUGAUGUUAAGGUAAUUAUGGCUACAAACAGAAUAGAGACACUAGAUCCAGCACUGAUUCGACCAGGACGUAUUGACAGGAAGAUAGAGUUUCCUUUACCUGAUGAGAAGACAAAACGUAGAAUCUUUACUAUUCAUACAAGUCGUAUGACAUUGGCUGAUGAUGUGAACAUUGAUGAUUACGUCAUGGCCAAAGAUGAUCUCUCAGGUGCUGAUAUCAAGGCAAUAUGUACAGAGGCUGGUUUAUUGGCUUUGAGAGAACGCAGAAUGAAAGUUACAAAUGAGGACUUUAAAAAUGCUAAGGAAAAUGUGCUAUACAGAAAGAAUGAAGGCUCACCAGAAGGACUUUAUUUAUAAAUCUCAGUGCUUGUAGGAAGCUGUUUGCAUAUUUUGGAAUAUUAACUGAUAAUAUACAAUUUGUACUACAUUGUUUUGCAAAUGCAAGAUUAAAUAUAUUACUUUUUCUUUGUUUAAAGACAGGAUUUAAAAUGAAAAGUUAAAAGAUAUUUUGAUAAGUGUGACCUAGUUUUAACAAAAAUGAUUUGAAGUCCUACGUAUUUGUAUUUCACUUAUGUGCAUAACAAUGUUGAUGAUAAUAUACUUUGAAUAAACUGAUGUAAAAUUAUAA